AUGUGCUCAGGUAGCUUUGCCCAGUCCCUGGGCAUCACCUUUAUCCCCCUGGCCAUCUUGUGUGUGCUCAGUAACAUCCUGCUCUUCUUCCCUGGGGGGCUGGUCGCUGACGACAAUGACCAUAUCACUAAAGAGGUGUGGUACUUUGGGGGCAUCAUGGGAUCUGGGGUUCUGAUGUUCACCUCGAUCAUCUUUGCUGCGGUGGGGGUUCUGGGGGCUGGCUACUCCAUCAUUGUGUCUGCUGUUGCCAUUCAUAAUGGACCAAUUGACUACCUGAAUAACCACACCCUGUGGAAGGACUGUACAGCACCUGAGGGCAUUGUGACCUGGCACCUGACCUUGUUUUCCAUGCUGCUGGUGAUGGGCCUGCUGCAGGCUGUACUCUGUGCCAUCCAGGUCAUCAACGGACUCAUCGGUGCCAUCUGUGGAGACUGCUGUGGCCGCUGUGGGAGUACUGAUGGUGCAGUCUAA